AUGCCUGAUACUUACCAUAAGGAAUUUAUGUUGGAAAAUGGGGAUUUUGGCCGUGUGGCACAUGCUAGAGAGUUAUACCCAUUUCAUCAUUCAUUAUACUCCAAAGCUUUAUACUCUGAUCGUUAUGUGGUAAAACGAUUUAGUAAUUUUCAAAGUUUAAAACAUCAUAGAGGUUGUGUAAAUUCGGUUUUUUGGAAUGAGGCUGGCAACUUGAUCAUAUCUGGUUCAGACCCAGAGAAGUCUCUUAUUCAUUCAAUUUCAUCUGGUCACAAUGCAAAUAUUUUUUCUGCUCGCUUCAUGGCAAAAUCAAAUGAUAGACACAUAAUUUCAUGCUCUGCCGAUGGUGUUAUUAGAUACACUGAUCUUGAGCAUAUUGUAGAAAAUGAUGCUAAUUGGUCUCCUUUACCUGAAUUUAAUUGCCAUAGUUAUAUGGCAUUCGAAGUACUGCCAGAUCCAAAUGAUUCAAAUAUAUUUUUCUCAUGUUCUGCUGACGGUCUAAUCAAUCAAUAUGAUCUACGAAUCAAAAAAUCAUGUCCAUGUAAUCAUUGUAAACAACAUAUAUUUCUUGAUCUGAAUCCAACAAGUAAUCCCAACAAACAUCGUCUAAAUUCUAUUACUAUUGACAAUGGCAACGAUAAUAACAGUCCAUAUAGAAUCAGGACCAGGACCAGAACUACUACUGUUAUAGAUAGUGAUAUGAGCAUAACCGCCAUAUCCAUAAGACCUGAUAAUCCGGUAUAUAUGGCAGCUGCAUGUGAUGAUACUGUACGUAUUUAUGAUCGUAGAUAUGUAAUGAAAUCAGCAUAUCAUCGUGAAAGUCAAGUAUAUCAAUUCAUUCCAAAGUUAAUGCGCGAUAGUUCUGCUUCCACUCAAAAUAAAAUGACCAGUUUAAAGUUUGAUCCAUGUGGUGGUGGUGAUUUGUGUGCUAGUUAUAGCAAUAGUAAAAUUUAUUUGAUUAGGCCUAAUGCUGAUCAGGAAAAAAAAUCAUCUUCUCAUAAAAGUUCUAUUAGUACUACAGCACCUAAGUGUAGCUAUAAUAGUAGUAGCAGUAGUGGUGGCGAUAAUAAGAGUAAUGUUAAGAAAAAAGAAAAACAAAAACAAAUUAAUGAUAAGGGCAUUGAUAGGGACACAGUUAGUCAUAAUUUGAUGGAUAAUGAUGAUAAUAACCAAAAUCACUCUCACUUAUUAUCAAUGCUUAGUAUGGAAGGCGUUCUUUGUGGUAGUGAUAGCAGUGAUGGUAAUGUAGAUAAUAUUGAUAGAGAGGGUAAGUCAGCAACGAAAUAUGAUGAGAAUAAUGAUAAUAAAGUUGAUGGUGUUAAUAGUAUUGAAUUUACUGAAGCCAAUUUUUUUGGUGCAAAUUCUGAAUAUAUCAUGUCUGGUUCAGAUGAUGGUAGAAUAUUUAUAUGGGAUAAAAUCACAGGUGAAGUAGUUAAUUUAUUGAAAGGUGACUCGAGGGUAGUUAAUUGUCUUCAACCACACCCACAUCUCCCAAUAUUAUGCACAUCUGGUAUUGAUAAUGAUGUAAAGAUUUGGUAUCCAGAGGGAGAAGAGAAUGAUCUUUCAGAUUUACAAAAAGUAAUAGAGCGUAAUGAACUUGAAGUGGAGAAUAUCAAUGAAGAUAAUGAUCCAAAUCCUAUGUUUCUAUUGUCUGGUGAUUUUAUUCAGAUUAUUGAAAAUUUUAACCAAGAAAACACUAAUCCUAAUCUUCAAAUUGAAGAAAACUCCACAUACCCAUUAGUUAAUAAUAUUACAUACAAAGAGCGUGUAAAUAAUCAAACGAAACGUAGUUUCAGUUAUGUUAUUAUAAAAGAAGGUGUUUAUCCUGAAAAAGUCCUUACUGGACCAAAAAGCAAAAAUUCUGUAAUUAGUAGAAAAAAAAGAUCAAUUCAACAAUAUAAAAUCCCACAUAAUUAUAUUGUAGAAACAACAUGGGGACGAGCAGCUAAUAAACGAACAGUUCGUUGUAAAAUUAAUUAUGUUGAUGGAAUACCUCAAUUUUGUAUUGAAUAUGGUUUUAACUUUCAAAAUGUCAUUUUCUCAACUAAAUCUCCAUCUGAUGCAGCGCUUAAUUAUGAGAGAGCUUUAAAACCAGGGACAAAGGCUACUAUUUCAGGUCCCCUUGUAUUUGGAUUACAAUUAAACAGUGUGCAAAAGGCACGUGAAGCAAGAAGAAGAGGGCAUUUAAUUAAACCAGCCAAUAAUUGUGUCCAAUCAACACUUGAAAAACGUGCUAAAAAAAUUGCAGAAAGAACACAAGUUAGUUUUAAUAAUAAUGUUAAGGAAAUUUAUCAUGAGUCUGAUAAAGUUAUGCUGAAAGAAAUUGAAUUCACACUUAAUGAUAUGGAUUUUCAAGUGAAUUAUGGUUAUGAACAAGAAAAAAAAAAUCAUCAAAUUCAAUCUAUAGUAAAAGCAGUUGACCAAGGACAGAUAUCCAGAUGUUCUUAUCAAAAUUUAGCUGCUGCAGAAUAUAAUUUACCACGUUUAGGCUCUGUUUCUGAUGAACGCACUGCAAUUACUAAUUAUAUGAAUCAAAUAAUUAAAAUUUCAUUGGUUGACAUAAAAAAAAUAAAUGAACCUGAAGAGUCAAUAGAGUCUGAAGAAGAAGAUAUUGUGGAUUUGGAAAUUAUACAAAAAGUCAUUGAUACAAUGGGAAUAGGUAUUCGUCGUAGUGCAAAAGACAUUUUAU